UUUAAGUGUUGUGAGAAUCUUUGCAUUCAGAGCUUUGUUGACCUAAUAAAGGGCUUGAUGACGCGACAAACACCUCGGGUUGAAAGGAAACCCGAUGGCUCUUGCUGCCCUCUCAUAUUCCAACCACUGCAGACAUUGUUCUUGCCCAUUUUUGAGGAACAUGUAAGUUUUUAAUGAAGCGCCAAAGGUGGACUAGGAGACAUACGCGAUUCAGCUUGUCCUCGGUCUCAGCAGUGAACCUCCGCCACUUCCACCAAUGGAUCCUCCUCAGUCUCACAAUUUAAACGCUGAGGGGACACAGACGCUGACAGCCAUGACGACGAUCAACCCGCAGACACUUGCACCUGAAUCCAACGCCUAUAAUUACUUUGCAAAUGUGUGGCCCUCCCAGAAUGGCUUUUUCCCUACAAUGCAAGGAGGUGCAUACUGCUAUCAGAAUGAUGGAGCACAGACUGUGGCAACGAUGGCUAUGACGAGUACACAACCAACACAGACACUGCCCAUUCCCUACUGCACAGAGAGGCAGGAUAACCUGCAGAUGCAGUUUACUCAACCACUGGCAGGUGACAUGACAUCCAACCAGCUUCAAUAUGCCAACUCCAUCCUUCCUCAAGGUGUGGGGCAAGGCAGUGUUCCUCGAAACCAGUCAGAACGCAGCUUGAUGAAGAACAGGGAAGCGGCUCGUGAAUAUCGAAGGAGGAGAAAGGCGUACGUUCAGGGCCUGGAGGAGCGUGUGGCGAAGCUGGAAAAUCAGAAUAAAGCUUUGAAGGAGGAGCUUAAAUCCUGGAAAGAAAUGCAUAAAGUGCCUUGAUUAUACUCACGGAGUGACUGUACUGGAUAUACUGUACUUUUUACUUUAUUCACCCAUUCAAACAGUGCUGCUAUUAUUGGAGGAUGCCAAGGAAAUAAACUGAAGACACAGCAGGGAGGACCAACCUGGAGUGUUAGCACCUUGCUGAAGAAACACCCGGACAUGUACCAUACAUGCAGGACAUUUGGUUAAACAAUAUUAUUUAUGAAUAUAAACGACCUGUCCUAAUGUGUAACAGAAUAGAAACUUUAAUAUUCAUAAUGUGCUGUGCUGGAUCACAUUUGCAUAAGAAUUAAAAACGUAUAUUGACAUAGCGACACAGGUCUACCCUGCUAAAUUUAAUGUUUGAUGUAAAAGACUAACUUUACUAUUUAAGGAUUUGCUUUCAUACCUGAGUGAAAGUAGAAAAAGCUUUUUUUGAUGUGAUGUGUCAGUGCAUGUUUUGUAAGUACAACAGUGUUAAGUUGUACCCCCAUUAUUGUUAAUGUGAUGAUGAUGAUUUAUUAAUAACUUAGUGCAGGGGUGGCUAAAGUGGGCCGAGUCAUUUCGUUUGGUCCGCCAAAUUUCAUACAUGUUCAUUAGGGGUGCCGGGAAAAAAAUUAUUCGAAUCGUGAUUUUAUUUUUCCGAUUUGGAAUUGUUUAAAAAUGUUGAAGAAUACAUUUAAAAACAAUACUUUUUUAGGCCAUUUCUACACUUACUCAGCAGCCAGGAGGGGCUUUCAUAACACAUAUCCUGUGACCAAAAGGUUUUUUUUUAUAAUUCAUAUACCAAAUAAUACAUUGUGAGAAUUGGUUUGAAUCUUGAAUCUGUUUUUAAAGGCCUACUGAAACCCACUACUACCGACCACGCAGUCUGAUAGUUUAUAUAUCGAUGAUGAAAUCUUAACAUUGCAACACAUGCCAAUAUGGCCGGGUUAGCUCACUAAAGUGCAAUUUUAAAUUUUGCGCGAAAUAUCCUGCUGAAAACGUCUCGGUAUGAUGACGUCAGCGCGUGACGUCAAGGAUUGUAGAGGACAUUUUGGGACAGCAUGGUGGCCAGCUAUUAAGUCGUCUGUUUUCAUCGCAAAAUUCCACAGUAUUCUGGACAUCUGUGUUGGUGAAUCUUUUGCAAUUUGUUCAACGAACAAUGGAGACAGCAAAGGAGAAAGCUGUAGGUGGGAAGCGGUGUAUUGCGGUCGACUGCAGCAACACAAACACAGCCGGUGUUUCAUUGUUUACAUUCCCGGAAGAUGACAGUAUAGCUUUACCAUUGGCCUGUGGAGAACUGGGACAACAGAGACUCUUACCAGGAAGACUUUGAGUUGGAUGCGCAGACGCGGUACCGUGAGUACGCAUGCAGCUGCGGCUUCCAAAGAUUUGAUUGCUUGCCCGUACGUGCGUGCCGCUAUGUGCAUGUCACGUACGUAACUUUGGGGACUUUAGGGAAAUAUAUGUGCUGUAUGAACUUUGGGGAGGUGAACGGUACUUUGGGCUGUGGGAUUGAGUGUGUUGUGCAGGUGUUUGAGUUGUAUUGGCGAGUUAUAUGGACGGGAGGUAGAGGUGUUUGUUAUGCGGGAUUAAUUUGUGGCAUAUUAAAUAUAAGCCUGGUUGUGUUGUGGCUAAUAGAGUUUGUGUUUAUUUACUGUUUUAGUCAUUCCCAGCUGAAUAUCAGGUCCCACCCGCCUCUCACAGCAUCUUCCCUAUCUGAAUCGCUCCCACUGCCCUCUAGUCCUUCACUCUCACUUUCCUCAUCCACGAAUCUUUCAUCCUCGCUCAAAUUAAUGGGUAAAUCGUCGCUUUCUCGGUCCGAAUUGCUCUCGCUGCUGAUGGCCAUCCUUUCAGCAAAAAUAUGGCAAUAUCGCGAAAUGAUUGACACAUAGAAUGGAACUGAUAUCCCCGUUUAUCCCCGUUUAAAUAAGAAAAUCGCAUUUCAGUAGGCCUUUAAUCGAAAAUGGAUUCUGAAUGCAAUCGCUACCCCAAGAAUCGGCACUCAAAAAUAAGCUAUUUUUUCUGGCCUUCUGAUAAAAACUCACUAAACUGCUGUCAAUUUCAGAGUAACCGUCUCCGAUUUACUAUGAUUGAUUGUAAUUGAUUGAAGCAAGGUCAGCACGAUGGAACGGGUUAGUACGUGUUCCUCACAAUACGAAGGUCCUGGGUUCGAUCCUGGGCUCGGGAUCUUUCUGUGUGGAGUUUGCAUGUUCUCCCCGCGACUGCGUGGGUUCACUCCGGGUACUCCGGCUUCCUACCACCUCCAAAGACAUGCACUUGGGGAUAGGUUGAUUGGCAACACUAAAUUGGAACUAGUGUGUGAAUGUGAGUGUGAAUGUUGUCUAUCUGGGAUAGGCGCCAGCCCCCCCUGCAUCCCCAAAAGGGGCAAGCUGUAGAAAAAGGAUGGAUGAUUGAAGCAAAAAUCGAGUGCUUACUCAAAAAGAAAGGCUUCCAUUUGCAUCUUAGCUGCUCUCAAAAUGUCUUUAAACCCUCUUGUUUCCAUGGGCAGAUAAACUGAAGUCAAUGAUAGAUGGGUUUCCAUGGCAAGGUGUCUUGUCCCUGGCAUUCUUUUCAAUCCGGUGUCUUGUGAAUACCUCUUAACAUCUUGUAAUGGUUGGUUAAGUCUGACCAUUUACAACUGUCUCCAAAUAAAAUAGUUGUAUAAUAAUUAGCAUGCAGAAACAUGAGGGAGAUUGAUACUAUCAAGUCUAUCUGAUGUGUGUGUAGUUAGCAAGCAUGCAAACAUACAGUGCCUUGAAUGGUUCCGUCUUUUAUAGCUUUAUGAAUUAUAUUGAGGUCAAUGUAAUUAUUUUUAUUUGACAAAAAUUUUGAAAAAAAGCUUUCAUUUCCAAAAAUGUGAAAACAAGCUUUGAUUUCAAAU